AGUUUUGCAUAGCGGGGCACGGAGGACUUCCGUCUACCCCACUAAAAUUUUAUUUUCCCAUCGAUUUUCAACAUCGGCCCUUCAACCCAGCUCUUCUCUCUCCCCUCCCACCUGCACCCACGCACUUCCAACCCAACAAACCCCGAUUCACCUAGCCAGCCCACCGCCGGUCGCGUAAACAAAAAAAAGAAAUAAUGCCAUCCGUCAAGAACCCCAACGGGCCCUCGAAGAACCGGCUCGCGGCGCGCGCGGCCAAGGCCCGGAAAGCGAACCAGAAGCGCGCGGCCGGGGCCCCGAACAAGGCCAACCGGGUCGCGAAGGCGGACCAGAAGCGGGGGGCGCGGGCGGGGCUGCUGCCGACGAGCGGGCCGAACGCCGCGCUGAGCGCGAAGAAGCGGCGCAAGCUGGAGAAGAAGAUGGGGUACGCGCUGAAGCGGAGGAUGGAGGCCGAGGGCGAGGUCGAGAUGAAAGAUGUUUCCGGGGAGAAGAGUGGUAAAACUGCGGUGGAGUAUAUGGAGCUUGAUUCGGAGAAUAUCUCGUAAACGAGGUAGAAACGGCCCUCGAGUUCGAACAACCGACUUAGCUCUGCACCCCAGGUCUUACGAAUGCUAUAUGGAGAAUCUGUGCAUACCUUCACAACAUGGGUGGGGUCCAGCAAAAUUAAUCGGCCUCAUGGAAAACGUCUCCUUCACUCGACCAAACGGAGAAAUGCGAGGAUUGUUCGCUUCAACAACCUCAUUUAUGCAUUCGGACAGCUAGCCCCACGCUACUAUUAAGCACGCCAGCCCGGGGGACAAAUUAAUAAUAGCGAGUUGAACCUCGGCAUAAUCAGGAGAUCCGGGCAUGACUAGGGGCGGACCUUGAACUGCCGUGUGCGUUGCCGUUAUGGUUGAAUUGUGUUUGCUAUUCGACCUCUAAUCUCGUGGUUUUGCUACGUGAAUUUGCAACACUUUAAGUAUGGAUGAGGCCAGGGAUAGACAACGGUCCUUCUAGUUCGUCAAGAAUAGGGGACAUCAUACACUAGAUAUUGUCGAUAGCAACGUCAAACGACGGAAAUACAACAGAAAACCUCGGUUCCCCAUUUUU